UACAGUCUACACAUAGCACAGGCCACGGCUCGCGGGCACUGUCGAACGUCGAUUCCGUCUGUAGUCGUCGUUUGCGCUGGUAAUGCGCCGUCCUAUGUGAACUUCACGGUUAUUGUUUUGUUUUUUCAUUUUUAAGAAACUACCCAACCCCAAACGUUUGACCAAAUUUUAAUACUACAUCCAGUGUAGAAGUGAUUUUGUAGUGAAAUGAUGAGCAGUUCGCUCAUGGACAAUUAACAGUUUUGAAUAAGUUUAGCGAGUGUUUUUUGUGUCAUGGAAGGCAACGGGGUCGGUAAGGAUUGUAAUGCCCUCGGUGGUUUGUUCCAGCAAAUCGUCAUGGACCUUAAGAAUGGAACACCAGUUUGGGAAGAUUUUAUGACCAAAGCGACAAAACUUCACACGUGUCUUCGGGCAACUAUUCACGCCAUUGGAGCUUAUCUAGAUGCUUUUCAAAAAAUCGCCGAUGCUGCUACUAAUGCUAGAGGCGCUACUAAGGAAAUUGGAACUGCGUUAACCAGAAUGUGUCUCCGUCACAGAGCAGUAGAGGCCAGAAUGAAAACGUUUUCAAGCGCGAUAAUGGACUGCCUAGUGGUUCCGCUCCAAGAGAAACUAGAAGAUUGGAAGAAGACUGUCGUCAAUUUGGACAAAGAACACGCUAAAGAAUAUAAAAAAGCCAGAGCAGAGUUAAAAAAACGGUCGACCGACACUCUGCGCCUGCAGAAAAAGGCGCGCAAAGGCACCAAAAUGAACGAACUGCACAAAGCGUUGCAGGACGUUUCCGACAGGAAAGCCGUGUUAGAAGAAACCGAAAAAAGAGCCGUCCGUGAAGCGUUAGUCGAAGAGCGCAGUCGUUAUUGCAUUUUUGUGACGUUUUUGAAACCGGUGAUUGACGAAGAAGUCGCCAUGCUGACUGAACUGUCGCAUUUGCAAGAGGUAAUGGACAAGUUGGAGUCGCAUACGUCUGACCCGUACUCAUUGCCACCCGCCAGCGAACAGGUACUGGUCGACUACAAAGGCAGCGAUAUGUCUUGGACACACCAGACGCCACCGAGCAGUCCCAGUUCGUUGGGCUCGCGGAAGUCUAGUAUGUGUUCCAUCAACUCGACGAACAGUUGGUCUAGCGGUAGUACACAUUCGCCAAGCCAUCAGUACUGGAGUCGCACGUUGCUGCAGCCUGCAUCCAACGAAUUGCGUUAUAAAGGACCAUUGCCUCCCAGUAGAUUGUGCAGUGCUUCAUCUCAUGACUCGGGUUUUACCUCCCAAGACACUAUAUACACUAAAAGGCAGUCGUAUCCAAAAGCUCCAAAUUCUUCGGAUUCAAAUAGUAGCAGUGCCGGGAGCAGUACACCAUCCACACCUUUUGCCAGUUCUGAAGGAGGUUGUGGAACUUGGCCUAAUGCUCAAGAAACAUUACAAUUUGAACGUGCUGCAUCAGCCAUCAUGAAUGACGCAAGGCCGCACACAAUAUCUGGCGGUGCUCAUCAUCAUCGUCCGGCUCUUAGCGAAUACACAUUUCAACAAGACUCGUCUGUCGAUAAAACACCAGUAGUCUCUCCACAGGAUGACUAUGCCCAUGUCCCCGAUGUACCCUCCAGAGAUUUACACAAAGGGUAUAAACCAUCUUUGCCAAAGUCUAUCGAGUAUAUCCAGCCAGCAUAUGUCAAUAUGCACGAGCUAGCCAGUAUGGCAGCAAAUAAAGCUCAAGAAAUGAAUGCCCAGCAAAACGAUUCUUCUUCAAGUUUUAAUGUAAAAAAUGAUUCAGACAAGAAAGAAAGCACCAGUGAAAGUUCUCUUGAGUCAUCGAGCGGUUACAGCAGCCAAACGGGAAUUUUCAGUGGUACUCCCGAUGAAGAGGUGGCAAACGCUCUUUUGAAAUAUCGCACAUUGGAUAACCGAAAUAGCACACUAGUCAAGGAACGUAUACGACCUGCUUCGACAGUGGGUUAUUCGAGUUUGAGAAGUGGAACAUUAUGUCGUCGUUCAUCCAUGCAAAAUAACAAACCACCACCUCCAAUUCGUCGUACACCGUCCAUCAUUAAUAACUCUAUACAAAAUUUGCCUCCUCCACCACCAUUUUUGCUCGACACGUCUGCUGAGCAACGUCAACAUAGUCGGUCACAAAUGUCCUUGUCGUCCGAAAAAGUUUAUGCUGAACCUAUGACACACCAGCGUAAACCUUCAGGUGGUAACGUCGCAGAAACUGUUCGUAAUCUCACUCAGUUAAACCAUACACCCGCCAGUCCUAUUAUGUUGCGUCGUUCACCCAGCAAUCGGUCUACAAGUGCAGACCGUUGCACUAGCCGGUCGUCUGAACCUGUCAGUGGAUUUAUAGCGGCUUUAGGAUCUAGGCUACUGCAGCAGCCCAAAACGACGGGAACUGGAUCACCAAAAUCAACAAGACGAUGGAACGCGCCUUCAAGGCACUCGGUUGUCGACCCGGCGAUAUGCCAUGAUUCAUUGAUGGAACAAAUAAAAAAGGGAAUGACAUUGAGGAGAACAAUAACGGUCAACGACAGGUCGGCCCCUAAAACUAAUUAAAUAUUAUUCUAAUCAUUAUUUUUGUUUUAUAAUAUAUAAUAAUCACUAAUAAUACCUAAUCACAGUUAACUUUACCCAGGGGGUUUUUUUUUGUCAAAAAUGUUCAAAUCAUUUACAUACAUUUGCAUUUAUUGCAUCUAAUGUAGGUGUAGUUUACUUAUUAAAUUAUUAUAAUUAUAAACUGUUAAAUGUGUGCCUAAAGUAUCGUCAUGUUGACAGGAAUUGUUUAUAAGUAAUUAUAGUUAAAAGAAAAAAUUAAAAUUUUAGACAAAGCAUUGUGUGUAAAGUUUUAACUUAAAUGUAAUGAAAAACUGCAUAACUAGUGUGCAACUGUAUUGUUUAUUUUUUUAAUUUUAAUUGUCAACACUGUCUAUUAAAAUUGAACUAAAUCCUCAUUUUAAACAGUUAUUGUAUCAUGAGUUUUUUGGUUCUACAACAGGACCUCUAAUAUUAAUUUUCAUUCCAUUGUAUCAUUUGGAAACUAAAAAAUGUGUCCUAAUGUUAUUUUAUGUAAGAUAUUUAAUUUUUAAUUUUUGUUUAGUCCUAUAUUAUACUAAUUUUUAUCGUAUCAUUUAUUUAAAAGAAAUAUUCACUUAAAUGACGUCCGUCUAUGU